UCAUUUAAAGAAGUAACAAGUUUCCAGUAAAGAAAGACAGUCCGUGGUAAACCAUCAGAGUCUCAGCAUGAACAUUUCUCGCACUUUGAUCUGCUUCUUCCUCCUCUUCUCUCUGCAGGAUGGAAGCACCGAUCUCGUCAGUGCCCAACUCACGCUCUAUUCAGUAACUGAAGGAGCAGAUGUCAUAGUUGAAUGCUCCUUUCCUUAUAAAAAAAACAGUUUUUUCUGUAAGGAAAAAUGUAAACAAGAAGACAUUCUCAUUGAAACAACUGAUGCCAAAGCUUAUCAGAGAGGAAGAUACAGCAUUGAUCAUAAACCGAAAGGUUUUGUUGUGACCAUCACUCAGCUGACCAAGUCUGACUCAGGAAAGUACAGGUGUGGUUCGGCUGCAUCUUCUUCAAGGAAUUCAUCCACGUGUAUUGAAAUCAUUGUUGUGGACGCAAAACUUGUUGGUGGUCUUUCUGCAGAAAAAACAAUCGAUGCUAGAACUGGCGGAAAUAUUGUAGUUGAAUGCUCCUUUACUCGCAUUGAGACCAAUAUGUUCUUCUGCAAGGAAAAAUGUGAAGGAGACAUUCUUGUUGAAACGACUAGUGACACGUAUACUAUAAAAGACAGAUACAGCAUCAGACAUGUUAAAGGAGGAUUUGUGUUUGUGAGCAUCAACCAGCUGACCCAGUCUGACUCAGGAUGGUACAGGUGUGGUCUGGGCAGACCUGACUCUAAAGAUCUAUACCAGAGGUUUAUGCUCAACGUCACUGAUGCUCUGACCACUUCUACACCUUCAUCAUCCGUCUCAUCAGCAUCCUCAACAACAACAAUCCAAAGUGAACGUUCCACAACUACACCAGCCUCCUCUAAAACCACCAAGCACCCUGAAGAAACUAAAGGUUGUGUCUUCCUGGUCGAAUGUACUUAUUGUGUGAUCCUGUAUGUGUCUCUGACUCUGGUCGUCCUGGUCAUCGUGUCAUCACUGUCUGUGCUGGUAUUCUGCAGGAAGAGGAUUUGUAAAGACAAAAGUGAGGAACUAGAACCGCAUGUGGAAACACAAUGUGCUUCUGCACCAGAGGCUGAAGACGACCCGAGUCAACACGCCUACUCUAAGAUCAAUUUUGUCAGCGUCGGCUCGUCCCACAGCGGUUUAGACGGUGACGCUGAGUGUGUUAUCUACUCUGUUCCUCGGAUGGAAGCUAGCUCUGAUGAGCCCCAUCUGUACUCUACUGUUAACGACCCCCAAUAACUCUCACAGUCUGGCAGAAGAAGCUGGUGUGGAUUAAGCAGCCGCAUAAAUAUUCUGACACAGAGAGAUGUUUGUGGGAAUAUGUACGAUUAUCUAACCAUUUACUUAUUUCAAACCUGCUUUGAAUGACCUGCUCAUGUGAUGUUCAGUUCUGCUCUAGUUCACAAAACGUGCCUCUUCAACAGUUUGCUUCAGGUCAAAGCUGGUUGCACUUAUUGUACGUCCCUUUGGAUAAAAGCCUCAGCUAAACGAUAUGUAGUUUAAUGUAAAAAGCUCUUUUAUGACUUCAAUGUAUUUAUAAAGUUCAUUUUAUUACACUUGAUAUGGUAUUAAAGUUAUCUCUGUAAGAUAGACUGUUCUAGUCAAGUUAUCAGAUUAGCAUAAGAUAUGUUGCUUCGAAUUAGCUUUGACUAUUAAAUUAACUAUUUUGGUUAAAGAGUUCAUUUACAGAAAUGUUUAAUUAUAGCGGAAUAUAAAUAAAUAGAUAUGAAACUAUAGAUGUGGUCAGUACGGGUUUCAAGAUGCCACUCCUCAUACUGUUUAACCUGUUAGUAUUGUAUAUAUAUUAGGGCUGUCAAGUUAACGCGUUAAUAACGCGUUAACGCGUGUGUAUUUUUUUUCCUCGGCCGCCCCGUAGUUUCAGAGCGCAUCGAGUUUAAAAUACCAU